CGAGUGGAUUUUUCUUAUGGCCAGCAUUCAAAUAAGUACUACCAAUUUUACCUAACUACCAUCAAGAGAUCAUGAAUGCUUUGUGCGUCUUUAUUUUAAUAACUCUCCUAGAUCCGGUUUCAGCGUGUACUGAUGGCAACUGCCGCAUAAUAGAAUUCCCAAGCUACCUUUCCAUUGUUGGAAAACGCUUGAUUAAUCACCUAAUCAAAACUAUACCGGGAAUGGACCAGGACUCAUGUGAGUGGCAGUGUUAUCUGGACAACAACUGCGUCAGCAUAAACUUACAGUUUGAAGGAACAGAACGAAACUGCGAGUUGAGUAAUUCAACUCAUAAUGAACACCACGAGGACUUUAUCGGAGCAGAGGGCUACUUUUAUCGUGGAACAGAAAAUGCUUGCGGUGGUUCACCCUGCAAGAACAGCGCAAUUUGCCAAUCUGGUUUCACAAGCAAAAGGUAUCGCUGCUUAUGUAUUUCUGGAUAUACAGGCCAUGACUGUGGAGAAGAGUUCUCCAUCGAGUCAACAAUAUUAUCAGACAAUAAAUAUUACCGCAGUCAUCUGUAUGGAUUCCUGGUUCCAGCUGUUGGAAACGUUUGUCACUGGUCGUUGUGCUUUCGCGCUUCCCCUGGGAAUAUCGCAGAUGCUACUUUUCACAAGAAGUGCGAUGGAAAAAAUGACACUAUCACAAUCAUAAAAGUGAAUGACUACGUAUUUGGUGGAUAUAUCGACAUUCCUUGGUUUUCAGGUAAAGGAAAGGAAAAGUAUGGCAAGACACCCAACGCGUUCAUUUUCUCUUUAAAUAACAGCCAACAAACUAGAGCUUUUAAAAGCAUGAUAAGAAACUCAGAAAACGCCACUUCUAAUCAUAUAUACCUUGGACCAACGUUUGGGAAUAACGACAUCCGAAUAGAUAGAUAUCCAAACCAACCCACCGAUUACACUAGUUCAGUCACAAAUUUUGGUAAUGACUACUUCCUUCCAAGUAAUAUCACUAUUCAAAACCCUCAAACCAUCCUGGCAGGUGUCAAAAAUUUCAGACCAGACGAACUCGAGGUUUUCUACUUAUCUAAGGAAGCCCAGCCGUGA